UAUCCAAGUCUGCCAAGUAUCUAGAUAGCACAGACUAGUAUUCAACACAUCACAAACUAGUAUCCAGAUAGCAUAUACCAACUAAUAUCCACAAUCAACCAACUAGUAUUCAACAUGGAUACUCUUAUAUGUUAUCUGGAUACUCUUAUGUGUUAUCUGGAUACUAAUUAUGUCCUAUAUGGAUACUAUUUUGUGUUGUCUAGAUAUUAGUUUGUGAAUUUGGGAUAAUAGUUGAUCCAUGGUGGAUAUAAGUUAGCAAACUUUGAAUACUAGUCUGUGCUCUCUAGAUACUUUAGUACUUGGAUACUAGUUCAUGUAUUUUGGAUAUAAGUUAGUAUCUGCUAACGAAUCUUCAAGUUAGCAAAUUAACUUUUCCCAAUGAAGCUAAUUCAACAUGCCAGGUGUGCCAAUGGCUGAUUGAGUCCCUUUUUCACUGCCUCUUUCAAUGUCCCCAUGCGAGGGAAUCAUGGGAAGUUAUCUUCCCAAACAUCCCGCUGCCAACUCAGUAUACUGCUUUCCUUAACUGGUUGUACCUACUCAAGGACUCUAUCCAACCAGGAGCCCUCACUCAUGUUAUUUUCCUCUGCUGGAACAUCUGGAAGGCUAGGAAUGACUGUGUGUUCAAGAAUCGGAUCCCUUGGCAUCCGAACGUUAUUUUGCGAACUUACAAGGAAUUUACGGAAUGGACUAAUUGCCCGAGGAGUCCCCCCAAUGACUCUCAUUCUACUCAGCUCAGGGGAGCCCAAUCACUCAAUUCUCCACCGCCAAGCAAUCACAAUUUUGUGAUUCACUGUGAUAGGUCGUUUUUAAACGACUCCCAGCCGGCGGCAUAUGGUGUUGUGGUCACUAACCACCAUGGACAAGUGUGUGAUGGGCGAGCUGACAUUCUCCUUUGUUCCACCCCACUCGAUGCCGAAGCAAAAGAACUUCUGGAAGGUCUCAAAUUAGCCCAAGAAUAUGGAACUGAAUAUGUUGUCCAGUCAGACUGCCAACUGAUUGUCAAAGCUCUCUCGGAUGAGCCAAGAAAUUGGCCUUAGCGUGGUGCAUCAUGGAUUGGAUCAAUGGUCUCAAUCCUAAGAACGAACCCUCAAGUGAAGGUCAAGGCAGUUUCACGAGCUUUUAAUGUUAGAGCUGUUUGGGUUGCACGAUCACUUGCUAGAUCCUCUCUCCCUGAUGACUGGAUUAGUAUUAUUGACCUAAUUUCGGAUUUCCUUUGAUUAAGUGUAUUCUCGCUUUUUUUUCGAGUUGGAAGUGGAAUAAGAGUUGAGCGUUUAUUGAAAAAAAAAAAAAAAGCUAAUUCAACCAUCCGGCAUUCCACGGCGUGAGACGGGACAACCAUUUUCUGAUCUUCUCUUGUUCAUUUUUUUUUUUCCCUCCAGAAAAAAAAGGUAAAGCUUUGACCAGACAAUCGCCAGCCAAUCUUGAUCAUUCUUUCGCUUUGCUCAACCUCUACUCUAGAAGCCGACCUUAAUCUAAUGAUUUUAAAUUUUAAUCUCCCACAUGGGCUUGAUUAUUAUUCUAUUGAUAGUAAGCAAUUCAAUUAUGUUUCCCAGAGCCCAGAGAUCUAAUGCACCACCACCAGCAGCAGAAGAAUCCACCAUCGCAAUGGCGACCACCUUAUCCUUAUCCUUCCUCUCCUUACUCCUCCUCAUUUCCACAGCAUCUGCAGCAACUCCUCCGCCACCGCCGCCGCGAUGCCCGUUCGAUCUAAGCUACGUCCGCACAAUCCCAUGGGACACAUCCCUCUGCGAGCAAACCGACGGCCGCCACUGCUGCCAGACCCUGCUCAGCCUCUUCGGCAUCGGAAUCGCCCAGCACCUCCGCGAGACCUCCCUCUUCCAGCUCCCCGACGCCAACGCCUCCGCCGCCUGCCUCGCCGACUUCCGGACCCACCUCUCCGCCAUCUCAAUCGACCCUUCUUUCGUCCCUCUCUGCUUCAGCGACCCCAAUCAGUUCGUCUCCAACGCCUCCAGCUGCGUCGGGGUCAUCUCCACCGCCGAUUGGAUCCAGCGGGUCGGACCUCUCACCCCGCUCGAUUCCGCUUGCAGGGGCGACGUCUCCGGCCUCACCCGCUGCAGCUCGUGUUUGGACGCCGGCUUGAAGGUGAAUUCCCAGCUCACUAAUGUCCAGGCAAAUGCUACUUCCAAGUGCUUCUACUUCACUUGCUUGUAUGCUGUUGCUAUGGUCAGCGAGCUCGGCCCUCUCGAUGCCAAGACGUCGGGUUGUAUUCUGGCCUUGCCGUUGAAAUCCUCUGCUACUUCUGGUAAGAAGGGUAACCAUGGGAAAGUGGUAGGGCUUGUUUUGGGGAUAAUCGGUGGUGUUGCUGCUCUUGUCGUUGCUGCGUUGUUGUUUGUGGUUUUGUGUCGAAAGCGGAAGAAGAGGAAGCACGCUGAGGCUUCCCAUGAGGAAUUCGUCAGCAGUUUCAAAUCUGCUGUGCUGCCGAAUUCUGGGGCGAAAUGGUUUCAGUCGGGGGAGCUUGAGAAGGCCACAAAUGGGUUUUCACAGAGGAAUUUCCUGGGGAAAGGGGCUUAUGGUGUUGUCUACAAAGGGGUUCUCUCGGAUGGCAGUUUCAUUGCUGUGAAGGAAAUGCAUGAUCCUGAAUCUCUGAGGGACGAGGAGUUCUCCAAUGAGGUUGAGAUCAUUAGCAAGAUUAGGCACAGGAAUCUCCUCUCGCUCCGUGGCUGUUGCGUUACCAGCGACAUCUUCAGAGGUAGGAGGAGGUUUCUGGUUUACGAUUACAUGUCGAAUGGAAGUCUUGGUGAUCAUCUAGCUAGUGAUCAUACUAGGAGGCAGUUAACAUGGCCUCAUAGAAAGAACAUCAUCCUUGAUGUGGCCAAAGGGCUGGCAUACCUCCACCACGGGAUCAAACCUGCCAUUUAUCACCGCGACAUUAAGGCCAACAACAUUCUUCUUGAUAAGGAAAUGAAAGCCAAGGUUGCUGAUUUCGGGCUGGCAAAGCAGAGCUCCGAAGGGCAGUCUCAUCUUACGACGAGGGUGGCUGGGACACAUGGCUAUCUGGCACCCGAGUAUGCUCUUUAUGGUCAGUUGACAGAGAAGAGCGAUGUUUACAGCUUCGGGGUUGUGAUCCUCGAAGUGAUCAGUGGGAGGAAGGUAAUUGAUACGUCGAGUGCUUCAUAUCUUUUGAUCACGGAUUGGGCGUGGAUGCUGCUGAAGUCUGGGAAGAUGGAGGAGAUCUACGACGAGGCGAUAAGGGAUGAAGGCGCUAAAGGGGUGAUGGAGAGAUUUGUUCUGGUUGGGAUGCUUUGUGCUCAUGCUAUGGUGGCUUUUAGACCGACGAUUGCUGACGCUUUGAAGAUGCUAGAGGGUGACAUUGAUAUUCCCAAGUUGCCUGACAGGCCAUUGCCUCUCAGUCACGAGUCGUUUAGGCAGCCUGCUAAAGCUUCUUCGCAUAGUGGUUCAUCAUCAGUCAGCGAGAGAUAUUGAUACUGAGUACGGAUUCUUGAGUUUUGAUUAGUUGGGGUUGCUGUCUGUUCUCAAUUUUAGAUUGUUGUAGUUUGUAAAUAUCUUAGUGGAUUAGGGAAUGAAUGAGCCAAGAACAAGAUGGCUCCGUGAAACAUCACAGGGAUCAACACGAUUGUGAUUUUGUGUAUUAUUCUUUGCAAAUGUAUGGAUAAUUGGGAAACUAAUUACACUUCUACAUUAACCUCUUCUUUGGUGUUUCAAUCGCUCAAUGUCGCCUAUGGCAAAGAAUGAGAAUAAAUGAGAGGACAGGAA